AUGGAAUUGGACACAACCCCUCUUUCCCACUCAGGUGCUAAUAGUGUUUGCAGAUUUGAUCUUAAAAAGGGAAGGAAGUGCUCAUGUGUUCCUGGAUACAAAGUAAAGAAUCAAAGUGAUUGGUCUUAUGGGUGUGAAUCCAUAUUUGCUGCUACAUCUAAUGAAAGGAAGGUAACUUUCUUGGAACUGGGCCAAGUUGAGUUCUAUGGCUAUGACGCUUAUUACUUGCCAAAUUUUACCUACACUCAUUGUGAAAGUUUGUGCUUGAAUAAUUCUAAUUGCAAAGGAUUUCAAUAUUCAUACGACAACGGUGCGAGCCUGUUCAAGUGCUAUACAAAAACACAAUUGCUCAAUAGACAUUUUCCAGGAGCCGCAGGAACUAUAACCUACUUGAAAGUGCCCAAAGGGAAGAGCUUUCCCACCAGCUAUGAAGACUCUGUCAUCAGAAACAGUGAUUGUUCUGUGAAAAUUCAUAGAGAGUAUUCAAAAAAGCAUGUAAGCCAUUUUGUGAGCUUCCUUUUGUGGUUUGCCACUGCAAUUGGAGUUCUUGAAAUGGCUUGUGUCUUUGUUGUUUUGUUCUUAAUCAAGAGCAAGCAGAAUUCUAGCAUAGAUCCACAUGGCCAUCAUCUUGCAACAGUGGGAUUUAGAAAAUUUAGCUAUUCUGAGCUAAAAAAGGCGACAAAAGAAUUCAGCCAAGAGAUUAGAAGGGGUGCAGGAGGCAUUGUAUACAAAGCUAUUUUGUCUAAUCAAAGAAUUGCUGCUAUAAAGAAACUCAAUAAUGCUAUGCAAGGAGAAGGUGAAUUCCUUGCUGAAGUGAGCAUCAUUGGAAGGCUCAACCACAUGAACUUGAUUGAAAUGUGGGGUUAUUGUGCUGAGGGAAAGCAUCGGCUAUUGGUGUAUGAGUACAUGGAAAAUGGUUCUUUGGCAGAUAACCUCUCAUCCAAUACACUCGAUCAGAGCAAGAGGUAUAACAUCGCUCUCAAAACAGCAAGAGGUUUGGAAUAUUUACAUGAAGAAUGCUUGGAACGGAUUUUGCAUUGUGAUAUAAAACCUCAAAAUAUUCUCCUGGAUUCAAAUUAUCAACCCAAGGUUGCAGAUUUUGGAUUGUCCAAGUUAUUGAACAGGGAUGUUCUCAAUAACGAUCGCAAUUUCUCAAUGAUAAGAGAAACUAGAGGGUAUAUGGCGCCUGAGUGGGUUUUCAAACUAGCAAUUAUUAGAGCCAAAGGUGAAGAACCUGGAAUCAAAGGCAAAUCGACCAAUAUGGGAUACAAAAUCAUGGACAAGACCAUGUUCUUGUUGAACACUCGCCGAUUGAAACAUGGUUUUUGUUCCGUGUUACUCUGCCGAGGUUACAACUACCAUAUGAAUAAGCCAAUAAAACACCGAAAGCUAAUAAAUAUAGUAACAUGUAGAGAGAGUUGACAUGAGAAAUACCACCAUUACCACCACCAA